CGAGGGAUUAUGUCGGCCAAAAGUAUUCAUUAUGCCCUUCCAUAAUUAGACGGGGGCCUCGUGGCUCUGACCUCACACGUGUGUUUGACGCCCGAAGCUCUCCCUCUCCUCCAUCCACUUGUCCACUAUCGAACAUGUCGGCGCAGCAAGGGGCCGAAGCUCUCAGGCAUAAGAUCGACGAUCUGCUCGUGCAGGGGGUUGACAUAGCGGUCCCGAUUCUCAAGGUCGUCAAUGCUACGGCUGAUUGGUGUCCCCCUCUCAAGAUGGCCACUGGCGGUGCACUCUCCAUCCUCGACGAGGUUCAGAAGUUCAGAGACAACAAGAAGGAAUGGGCUGAUUUCGGUCAAUACGUAGCCGACACCGUGGUCGAGGUGAUUUUGGUCAUAAAAUCUUACGAUGCGUCAACGGAAGAAGCAAACCCGUGGAUGGAAAGUGCCACAAAGCUCAAAAACGCUCUACAGGUGAUUGAGUCCGGAAUCAGAGGAAGACGGGAGAAAGUAGAGACACGACCGGCCUUAAUAAAUGCAGUUUCGUACUUGCGAGACCCAGGAAGGAUUAAUAGCCUCAAGAAAGAUUUUGACAAAGCAUUGGCAUCGUUUCAGCUUCGGACGAACUUGGUGACUGGCGCCAAAUUAGCGGCCAUAGAACGUCGUCAACAGGAUGCAGAACGUCGCCAACAGGAAGAUAAAAUUCUCGAGAGCCUCCGAUACCCUCAUAUCGCCCUUGGUGAUUCCGCUCAGGCAUGCCUAGAAGGCACUAGGGUUGAUCUUGCUGAGCGUAUCAUGACAUGGUGUCGCAACACUGGGGAGAGUGAGAAUCGGCUGAUGCUACUGACUGCUGUGGCCGGUGCCGGAAAGACUUCAAUUGCGCUCACGAUAGCAGAGCGAUGUGCGAACGAAGGGAACGUUACUCUGUUACUGCACUUCUUCUUCAAAGCGGGUGAACGGGCGCGGCCCGAUUUUCUAUUCACCGGCAUAGCCCGAGCCCUAGCAGACCAUGACCCAAUUUACCGCGGUUCCAUUACCUCUGCUCUUAGAAAAGAUCCUUCUCUCUUGACAGCCCCACUUGCGAAGCAAUUCGAGAACUUGGUGGCUUUGCCUCUCCUCCAUACACCUCCGCCUUCCGGUCAUUCUAUGGUUGUCAUUAUUGAUGCUUUGGACGAGUGUGACAAAACCGUGUUUUUACCCCUUGCCGAAAUCCUUAGGGAGGAGGUGCCCAGGCUACCAUCUUCGAUAAAAUUCUUCAUCACAUCGAGACAAUUUGAUCUCGUGAAUCGUUUCCUCUCCCCCAAUUACCCUAUCAAUCGACUCACUAUUGAUCUCUCGGAUGAGACAAACGUGCAGGACUGUGCUACAUACAUCAGUUUCCAGCUUCAAAAGCUGAAGAAAUCGCAUCCGGAGUUGCGCGAUAAUCUUCAGGACGAGGACAAAAAAGUUCGGGAGAUCUUGGAACGAGCAAAUGGCUUGUUUAUUUGGGUCAGCACAAUCUUCCUCUACAUGGAGACGAACAGCAACGAUCCAAUGAGGACACUGGGGCGCCUGCUCGACACUGGCACCAAACGUUCAAAGGUCCCUGCCGAGGGAAUGAUGGAUCAUUUAUACACAACGAUUCUGAAAAGGUGUAAUUGGGAAGAUGAAGAUUUUGUGCACGACUACCCAAUCGUGAUGGGAGCGAUCGUUGUUGCACAGCAACCUCUGUCGGUCACUGCCUGGGAUGUGAUUUUGUCACCUUCCCUCAAUUCUUCUGUCCGUUAUGCAUUGGCUGAACUCGCCCCUCUCCUCUUGGGGGUUGAGGAUCCUUACAUCCCGAUUCGCAUCUUACACCAUUCAUUCCGCGACUUCAUUGUGGAUCGGAUUGAUCUCUGGUCCAUUGGCCCUGGUUGCAGUCCAGUAGAUUUGAGGAUAGAGAAUGCCAGGAUUGCCUUGCGAUGCACCGAGAUUCUGAACCAGGAUCUUUGCUCUAUAGAGGGCUUAGGACUGAUUGAAGACUUGUCUGGAAGAGAUGAAAUGCCGGGUAUUCCUCCAAAGGAAUUAUCCGAACACUUUCGUUAUGCAUGCCGUCAUAUUGUCCAUCACCUUAGUGGAGUCCAGGAACCAUCAGAAGAGCUCAAUCGGUCAGUUGGCAUGUUUCUCAGUCAGCAAGCAACUCGCUGGGUGGAAGUCUGUGUGAGAAUGGAAGGCUACAUCAAUAUCUCAUUACUCCCUGAGUGGGUCAAGUUGUCUGUUGACCACAGCUCAAAAGAUACUGUCGGCACACUGGCUAAUGUGCUUGCCCAGCUUUCAAGGAAUUUGGUAUUCUUGUCAAGAUUUCAGGAGGCGCAUGAGGCAGCAAGUGAUUCUGUUGCACUCUGCCGUUACCUUUUUUCUGUAGACUCAAUGUCCUACACCCCGCAUUUGUCCCUGUCACUCAACAAUCUAUAUUUGGCUCUGUCUACACUUGGACGGCACUUGGAGGCACUCCCAUUCAUUGAAGAAAGCGUCAAACUCCGGCGUGAGCUAGUUGCCAUUCACCCAGGAUCAUACACCCCGGAUCUGGCCAUCUCACUCGACGAUCUCCGUGGUGCUCUCGCCAGACUCGGACGGCACUCGGAGGCGCUCCCAUUCAUCGAGGAAAGCGUCAAACUCCGGCGUGAGCUAGUUGCCAUUCACCCAGGAUCAUACACCCCAAAUUUGGCCAGAUCACUCAACAAUCUAUAUUCGGCUCUUUCCAAUCUCGGACGGCACUCGGAGGCGCUCCCGUCCAUCGAACAAAGCGUCAAACUAUACCGUGAGCUGGUUGCCACUCACCCAGGAUCAUACACCCCGGAUUUGGCCAUCUCACUUGACAAUCUCCGUGAUGCUCUCGCCAGACUCGGACGGCACUCGGAGGCGCUCCCAUUCAUCGAAGAAAGCGUCAAACUAUACCGUGAGCUGGUCGCUGUUCACCCAGGAUCAUACACCCCAGAUUUGGUCCUCUCACUCAACAAUCUAUAUUCGGCUCUUUCCAAUCUCGGACGGCACUCGGAGGCGCUCCCAUUCAUCGAACAAAGCGUCAAACUCCGGCGCGAGCUAGUUGCCAUUCACCCAGGAUCAUACACCCCAGAUCUGGCCAUCUCACUCAGCAAUCUAUAUUUGGCUCUUUCCAAUCUCGGACGGCACUCGGAGGCGCUCCCAUUCAUUGAAGAAAGCAUCAAACUCUGGCGUGAGCUAGUUGCUGUUCACCCAGGAUCAUACACCCCGGAUUUGGCCAUCUCACUUGACAAUCUCCGUGGUGCUCUCGCCAGACUCGGACGGCACUCGGAGGCGCUCCCAUUUAUUGAAGAAAGCGUCAAACUCCGGCGCGAGCUAGUUGCUGUUCACCCAGGAUCAUACACCCCGGAUUUGGCCAUCUCACUCAACAAUCUAUAUAACGCUCUUUCCAAUCUUGGGCGACACUCGGAGGCGCUCUCAUUCAUUGAAGAAAGCGUCAAACUCCGGCGCGAGCUAGUUGCUGUUCACCCAGGAUCAUACACCCCGAAUCUGGCCAUCUCACUCGACAACCUCCAUGAUGCUCUCGCCAAACUCGGACGGCACUCGGAGGCACUCCCAUUCAUCGAAGAAAGCGUCAAACUCUACCAUGAGCUGGUUGCUGCUCACCCAGGAUCAUACACCCCGGAUUUGGCCAUCUCACUCAACAAUCUAUAUUUGGCUCUUUCCAAUCUUGGACGACACUCGGAGGCGCUCCCAUUCAUCGAAGAAAGCGUCAAACUCCGGCGCAAGCUAGUUGCCAUUCACCCAGGAUCAUACACCCCGGAUUUGGCCAGAUCACUCGGCAAUCUAAAUUUGGCUCUUUCCAAUCUCGGACGGCACUCGGAGGCACUCCCAUUCAUUGAAGAAAGCAUCAAACUAUGCCGUGAGCUAGUGGCUGUUCACCCAGGAUCGUACACCCCGGAUUUGGCCAGAUCACUCAACAAUCUAUAUUUGGCUUUUUCCAAUCUCGGACGGCAUUCGGAGGCGCUCCCAUUCAUCGAAGAAAGUGUCAAGAUCCAAUGCCAGCUGGUUGAAAUCAACCCAGGAGCAUAUGCCCCGGGAUUGGCCCGUUCACUCAGAAAUCUACGUCAAGCUCUUUCCAAUCUUGGACGUCAUUCCGAGGCACAAAUGGUCCACAUUUGAGCAACCCAAGUCCGGUGGUCCUCAUUUCCCCUUGUCAUUGUGUUUGCCACUUUGCCACCUGCUCAUGGA